AUCACUGCAGUACACAGGACAGUCACAGCAAAUGGCAGUCACUACAUAACAUGUCCCUGCAGUGAGAAUGAUCCUGUCCUAAUGCACACAGAUAUGCUGGGGAGACAUGCCCGGGCUUAUACACCCACAUGUGGUUAUCACCUAGUUUGCAGUUCCUUGGACUUUGCUUUUUGAUUCCCAAGCAAACUUAAAAAGAGAUAUGACUUGUCUCAGGAUGAAAUUAUCAGGAUCACAAAUAUUUUUCUUCUUACUCCUUACACAGCUAGAUUUAGCUACUAUCACAGCUUUUACCGACUGCCACGAAAAUGAGUAUGAAGAUGAACAUGGAAACUGUGUUCCCUGCAAGCAAUGUGGGCCAGGGCAGGAGCUUUCCGAGGAGUGUGGCAAUGAAAUAGAACCUUAUUGUGUACCAUGCAGACCCGGAAGGUACAAAGAAGACCGUGGGCAUCACCGCUGUAUCCGCUGCUUGCCUUGUGCAAUCAUAAACCGAGUGCUGAAAGCUAACUGCACCCCAACCAUGAACUCUGUGUGUGGGGACUGUCUGCCAGGGUUCUACAGUAAGACCCGGAUAGGAGGCCUGCAGGAGCUGGAGUGCUUCCCUUGCACUGCGCACACACCUCUGACGGAGACACAGUGUCAUUCUCGGUCAGGAGCAGGUCAACCAUCCAGCACUUCCCCUCCUCCUGCAAGGGACCCUGUGGUUCUGAUGGUUAUAGUGUUGGUGGCUCUGGCACUAAUUCUUGUGGCUCUAGUAACCUUAUCCUUUGUCUGCUGUGGACGUUUCUUCAAAAGCCAGUGCCAACGCGCCUUUCAGAGAUCUCAGGAUUUUAGAGGCCAGCAUGGAAGUUUAGCAGAGGGGCAAGAGGCUACCCAGAGUCCUUGUGAGGAGCAGUCAAUACCGUCUUGCUGCUUUGGACAAUCAGAGACCUGUAGACAAUUACAGAUAGGUCCUGUAGAAGAAGUUCAAGCAGCUUUAGACAGAGACCCUUCCAGAGCUCAUACAGCAUGUAAUGCUCUUCAACCCUCGGUGGAGUUGUGCACACUUCCUCCUGCACCUAUCAAACCUCAAUACACACGGAGUGUGUCAGAGACUCAGCCCCUGAUACGUAACUCUGGCUGCAGCGACUGUUUCUCAGGAGGUAGCUCACCUACAACAGAUCCCAAUUCUGUUACCUCAGAGCCACUGAACAUGCAGGCACGGUCCUGUGCGUCUGAGAAGCAGCACUGGUCUCAUGCCCCAGUGGAAUGUACUGAACUGGAUUUACAGAAUUUGUCUGCAGAUUAUUUUUCUUCUGGUAGCCAGCCUCAGUUUGAAAGUACUCAGGAAUCCCUUAAAACAACAGCUCCCCACACUUGUAUUUGCAUAGACUCUGGACACAGUUUUCCAGUCGAGGCUGAGACCAGCAGAUCAACCAGCAGGAACCCUACACAGCUUACUGGGGUUUGUGAAGAUCUUUUGACCCACCUGAGUAAUGCCACAUUAGGUCUUCCAAUUUCUCACAUCCCGGAUUCCCUGGUAAUAUCUCUUGGUCUCCAGCUGGAUCCCUCCAUUCCGGGACUAAUGGAUUUUCGAGAUGUUGGUGCUGCACUGGGAGUCCCCUCUCAAGUCAUGGAAGACAUGAAUGGUUUCAAGGCUCUGCACUCCCAUCUCUCCUCUGCCAGCUCCUGCACAUUGUUUGAACUGGUAUACACUCUUCAGCAUCUUCAGCGAUCUGAUGCCUUGUCCUUAAUUUCCAAGCACUUUAAUCACUAGUAAGUCACACACUCAGCGAGCUGCCUAGCAAGCACUAUGACCCAGCAACAGAUCUGCACUUCUGAGAUGUAAACGAUCUUACUCAAAUUGAGUACUGUCAUGUUGUUCUGUAGCUCAUGCCAUAGAGAUGCUACAAUCAGUGGCACUUGAUGGACAAUGAUUUUUGGCAGUGUCUACAUCAAUAAGAAAGAGACACAAAUCAUUCGGGCAUCUGUUGAUGCAUCUUAUUAAACACCUGUGGUUGAAGCAAGGGACACAAUUGUGAGGAGUUGAGUGUUAACUCAGGGAAAAGAGGAUAUCUAUGGCUCAUUAUUUAGUCACAUUUUGAACAUUUGAUGUCCAUAGUUCUCCCUCCUCUCCUGUUACUUAAAAAUCUGAAAAUAUACAAGUUUGUCUGGUACUUAUCCAAGCCAUGGCAUAACAUUUAUAGGAUGCUCUAAAUGUACAAAGGGAAAUGUGUGGUAAGAACUAUUUGCAACAAAGUUCUAGAGUUUUUAUUCAGCAUUCAGAACACUAAAGAUACUUGAACCAACAGCAUUAUGAGAACAACAUUUGACCCUUUAGACUAAAUGUUAUAUGCUGUAAAAUUGCACAGUUUUAUGUGGCUUUCUUUAGCUAAAGUAAAAAUGUUUAUACUUUUGUGAUAAUGUUAAUGUAUACAUUUUCGUUGAGUGGGUAAUGUGGCAUUAAUAUUAAAUAUGAGUGACAUUUCAGCAUUAACUUUUUUAUCCACUUUGCUAGUGCCCAAAUAGGUUAAAGAGCACUGUGACAGUAUUACUGAUAAAUAAAUAUCCUCAUAGCAUGAAAUAUAUCAUAGCAGUGAACAACAUAACAUUUCAGGGAUUCUGUUAAAGGGACAGUGCAGUCAAAAUUAAACUUUCAGGAUUCAGGUAGAUCAUGCAAUUUUUAGCAGUGUUCAAAUAGACUGAUAUAUAAAUUUACUUCAUUAUCUUAGUAUCCUUUGUUUAAAAGCAUACAUAAGUAGGCUCAGAAGAAGCAGUGCUCCAGUAGUGGAAUUCUGCUCCUUCAACAAAGGAUACCAAGAGAAUAAGCAAAUCUGAUUUCAGAAGUACAUUGGAAAGUUGUUAAAAAUUGUAUCCUCUAUCUGAAUCAUGAAAUAAACAUUUUGGGUUUCAUGUCCAAUGAUUUAUUUGUCUGUGAAAAACAACAACCUGGCAUACUGUAUCUAGUGAAAGUCCAAGUAUUGUAUUUAGGCCUCAUGCCUAUACCUACACCUGAUGGAGAAAGUAGUAACCCCCAGACAAUGUGCCUCUUUAUAUGGAUCAUGCCUAAAUACAUUAACUUUAUAAAGAGUGUAAAACCUUUUUUGUGUGGUGGUAAUUACUGGAGAUUUAUAAAGGCCAAAGCCCACUAGCCCUGUAUAAUUACAUUGAACUGUGUCACAUUGUUUAAUUUUCAAGACUUGGUUUAUCUAUUAGUUAAUCAUUUGAUUGAAAACCUAAUGCAGUAAUACAAAGAUGGCUUCUUACACCUAGAAAUAACCUGAAUCCAAGAUAUAUUUUCUCUUUCUUAACACAACUGUGAACUCUUCACCCACUCAGGUUAUUCCUUUUCACCUCACACAGUAAAUGUUUAUUUUUUCCACCAGUUAUAAUUGAUAAUGUGCAGCAGUUUGUAGGUCUUGAGCACAAUUUAUAGUGGCACUUAAAUAAUUGCUAUAUAGCUUGCCAGGUGCCAGCUCUUAUGCAGUAUUCACAGAUGAGCAGCAGAGGGCAGCAAAUGUACAUUUUAGUAAUCCUUGAUGUUGACAGCUAUUUCUAGUUUUGGGUGAAUAAACAAUAGAUUCCUGUGUAAAAAUAAAAUGCUGUAUUUAGUUAGGGCAUUUUACUUUCAUAAUCCAUUUUCUUACUAUAUGGUGUAUUUCAGUCUAUUAGAGGAGCAUGUUGCAUUUUAUCAGAAAAGCCAGUUAUCGUGUAGAUUUGGAGUAGUUUCAUAUGUUUAAAGGGCACAUUUUUUUUUUUAAUUUAAUCUAAAAGAGGAUGUUUUAAAAUAUAUUACAGUAUUUUUAAAAAAAUGUUCCUGUACAUAGAAUUUUUUUUUUUAUAUAUACUUCUGAGGCAUGUCACUAAACACAAAGCAGUGGGGUUUUUACUUAUUGGCCAAUAAGCAAUCAGCCCUUAAGGCACAUUUGGACUGCCUGCCAAAAAAUAUUUUUAAUUUUUAAUAGUUUUCCUAUUUUAUGUAUGAUAGAAACUUUUAGGACUUUCUUUCCCUUUAUUUUACAGAUACUUUGCAUUAAGAGAUUUAGACAAUGGUAUUCAACAGAUGUGUAUAUGAUUUUGGAGCAAUUUUAGUCUGUUUUGAGCAGCAUACCCUGUCUGUUCUUUCUCUGAUUUUUACUGGUGCUUUCUGAAAGAUUAGAAUGGGAUCUAUGGGAUUAACUAUUUAAAGGGAUUAAACAUAUACAACUUAAAUUUCUAUUCCUCUCUGUUCUCUUAAAGUGACAGUAAACUGUUGUGUACAACUACAAAAUAACUCACUAUGUAAUUGAAUUUUAUCCUGCAGAUCUUUUCAAACAUUUUUUUCUGUUUUUAAUAGCUUAAAGGCGUCAGAUACUGAAGCUCUGCCUUUUCAUACUGGGCGCCACCAUCUUGGAGCUCAAGUAUUCUCACAGCCUGUGACAGGCGUAGUGUGCAUUUACAUAGCAAUGAGGUUGGCAACUGUAUAAAGUGUUUCAGAUUAAGUGCAUGACAUCCCUCCCAACAUUUCAAAAUUCAAAAGAGACACCCCCGACCCGCGGGGAUUUGUGGUGUAUAACCCUGGGAGAGAAAAGCCAGCUGCUUCUGAGUAUGGGCCCCAUAGUUUUUUUUGUUUUUUUUUUAAUUUAUUUUUUAUUGCAUGGGGCAAUGCGGGACACAUGGCUAGCAACACGGGACAGCGGGACUGACCCCUAAAAUCAGGACAGCCCCUUGAAAUUCGGGACAGUUGGGGAGUAUGGCACGAUACAAACCUACAUUUUUGCUGAGGCUGCAUUUCUGUAUUAUUGUUGAGUGUUUUUUUUUUUAAAUGUAUUUUGUGUAACUGUAAAACUGUGUAAAAAAUGCAAAAAUGUUAAGCUCACAUGAUGUAUUAUGCACACUAACCUGAAGCACAUUAUACAACUGUAAAUAAGUGGACAAUAUUACUGAUCUGUGAGUGUGCACUGCUUCUGUCACAGGCUGUGAGAAUACCUGAGCUCACAGAUGGCAGCCCCAGUACAAAGAGGUGGAGCUUCAGUAUCUGGCACCUUUUAUGCUAUUAAAACAGUAGAAUUGAUUUGUAAAGAGCUGCAGAAAAAGGAUGGAAUGCAAUAACAUGGUGAGUAGUUACUGUUCUUUUGUAGUUGUGCAUAUCAGUUUAAUGUCCCUUUAAGAUAAUGCAAGAAGUCUUAUUAUUACUGCCAGAGCAAUCACGACAUUUUGGAGAGGCACAUUUAGCUUGAAAGCUAUUUAUCUUAGAAUACACAUACCUUGCAAUAUAAUGCUUAAAAACAUGCAUAAUUUCCAUGCUUAGAAGUUUGUGUUAAUCAAGCCCAUUGUCGCUGUCUCUCAACCAGGUCAUCUUUAUGCCAAAAGGAUGCAGCUGGUUUGGGUAGCAGCAAAACAUUUGCCUGCCUCUGAUAGGCUCAACUUUGAACUUUGCCCAACACUUUAGAAUUUCUAUAUAAAAAACUCUGUUUAGUAACUUUUUAUUUAUUUAUGUUUUAUAUUAAUUACAAAGCAAUUCCAAUCAAUUUGAAGAGUUAAUGAUGGAAUUGGGGGAAACAUGCUUGAAUAACAAAAAAUAAAACAUCAAGAAAUAGUUAAACACUUGAAAAAUAAUAACUUAACAAGGCUUUUCAAGUAUGUUUUAAUAAAAAAUGUGUUUUUAGCAGAUCCAAGGUACAGAAAUUUAGCAAAGAAAUAAUUUUAAAAGCUGCUGGAAAAGAAUUGUCCUUAUUGACUCAAUUAGAAGUGUUGGAUUUUAACCCAGAAAUGUAUAGCUGUGAUUUUGUGGUUCUAAAGCAUUUGAAAAGUAUUUAAUUAGAUUAGUUAUCUUAAGGUUUUCAAACAUUUUGCAAUGGAUUGUAAUUUGAAAACCUGCAAAAACUGACACAAUGCACUUCACAAUAAAUUCUUGAUUGAUAGCUGAACUUAAGUUUAGAAAAAAUAGUUACAAAAAUAAAAUGUUGUAAUAAUAUAUAGCAUUUUAAUUUUACACUAGAAUGUCGAACUAUGUCAAAUGAUUUAUCAUUUUUACAAAUGGUCCUUUCAUAAAUCCCUUUCAAAAACACUUACUAAUAUCAAUGUACUAAUCAGUGUAUGCUGAUUUUGAGCCCUCAUGAGGUAGGCUGCUAUGGGCAAAAAGCAGCAAUUUUUUGGUAACAUUUAACAAUAUAGAUUUUCUUCCUCUAAUUUAACCUUACAAACUAAUUUAGAAAGCACUUAAUUUGUUAAACUACUUAGUUUAUAGAGGUAAAUUUGCUAAUUUAGGGCCAUAUUACAAGUGGCGCGCUAACAGUUGCAUACAAGCAAUACCGGGUUUAUUGCAGCUGUUUGCAUGUGUUAGAAGUAGCGUGCAUAUUACAAGUGUAAAGUAAACGCAAUUGCUUGAACACAAUUGAAUGUAACAUGCGUUGGGAUAGGGCGACCUUAGAACUCUGGUUAACUGUUAUGCGAAACAUAAAAGUGUCAUAAAACAGAUCAAAAAUAUAUUUAAAAGUACAGUUACCCUCAUAAUAACACUUUCUAAUAUAACUUUUUCAGGCCCUUUGCAAUGAAAUAAUGUUAAGGGCUCAAAGAUAUGAGGUGCCAGGUGUUAGGAAAAAUAAGGGACUGCUAAGGGCUUUAACAUAGAGAUACAUACAUAUACAUGUCUAAAUAUGUCUAAACAUGUCUAAAAAUGCAAUCGGGUUUGCUCGCGAGUAGGGUGUUAAUUAUUCCACUUUUCUUGUUCCAUUGACUUCUAUAGGGGAAUAAAUUUAUGCAAUUGUGAUAUUCGAAGUUCGACUUUUUAUGUGCACCAAAAACUUUUUACUUUCCACUUGUAAUAUGUGCGCAACUGACAUGCACAAAAAGCUACUACUAGCGGAGUUAGAUAGCACUCCACUUGUAAUCUAUCCCAUAUUGUUUACGGGGUUUGUUUGUGUGGUUGUUUUUUGUCAUGUACUUGACUGCAAAUAACUAAGAUUCAAGAAUAAGUUGCUGGUUGAACAAUUAAUUUUUGAAUGAUAUAAAUAAAACUUUACAGGCUCUAAUAGAUGCCAGUUUAGUUGUUUUUUUUUGCUGCUAUAACAGGUUCUGCUGAAUCCAUAGUGACUGCACUAAGUAACAGCCAGUAUCCGUUUGCUGUGCUGUAAAAUAGCCAUGUAUAUACUAUAAAUUAAGGUGUAAAUGUACUGUGAUUUUAAUUUUAUAUGUAAUUUGUUCUUUCAUAUUUAAUAUAAAUGUUUGAAAAUUCAGUUCUGUUUAUUGGUUUUGUACUUCAAAUAAAGUUAAUUUAAAAAAAAAAA